GUGAGUUCUCACCACUACGCCCUUUCAUUGGCCGCAGCUACCCUCCUGGAGGUGUUCUACAGGUGAAAAGCUCAGCAUCCUGGCAAGAUUUAAAUUUACCUGAAAAUGGAAGACUUUUACUGGGACUACAACUUCACCGGUGAUUUUAGUCAUUACAGCACUGAUCUGUCCCAUAUUUUGUCAGAUUCUGCCCCAUGUGAGCCGGAAGCCCUUGAAAUCAAUAGUUAUGUCAUAGUCAUAAUCUAUGCCCUGGUGUCCCUGCUGAGCCUGCUGGGAAACUCCCUGGUGAUGCUGGUCGUCUUGCAUAGCCGAAGCACCUGCUCUGUCACUGAUGUCUAUCUGUUGAACCUGGCCAUAGCUGACCUGCUCUUUGCCCUGACCUUGCCCUUCUGGGCAUCCUCCAAGAUGAAUGGCUGGACUUUUGGCACAGUCAUGUGCAAGAUUAUCUCAUUCCUGAAGGAAGUCAACUUCUACAGCAGUAUCCUGCUACUGGCCUGUAUCAGUGUGGACCGCUACCUGGCUAUUGUCCACGCCACACGCACUCUGAUCCAGAAGCGGCACUUGGUCAAGUUUGUGUGCUUGACAGUAUGGGGAAUAUCUCUGAUUCUGUCCCUGCCCAUGUUACUUUUCCGUAGCAUUGUCCACCUGUCUGACUCCACCUCAGUCUGCUAUGAAGACUUGGGGAGCAGUACGACCAAAUGGCGCAUGGUGCUGCGGCUCCUGCCCCAGGUCUGCGGCUUCAUCCUGCCACUGCUGAUCAUGCUGUUCUGCUACGGCUUCACGCUGCGCACACUGUUUAAGGCCCAAAUGGGGCAGAAGCACCGGGCCAUGAGGGUCAUCUUUGCUGUUGUGCUUGUCUUCCUGCUCUGCUGGCUGCCCUACAACCUGGUCCUGCUUGCAGACACUCUCAUGAGGAACCACUGGAUCGAGGAGACCUGUGAGCGCCGUGAUCACAUCGACCAGGCCCUGGAGGCCACCGAGAUCCUGGGCUUCCUCCACAGCUGCCUCAACCCCAUCAUCUAUGCCUUCAUUGGCCAAAAGUUUCGCCAUGGGCUCCUCAAGAUCAUGGUCACUUAUGGCAUGGUCAGCAAGGAGUACUUGCCCAAGGAGGCCCGGCCUUCCUUCGUUGGCUCUUCUUCGGGGAACACGUCCACCACUCUCUGAGAUGCUUUGCCCAAGUUAUAGCCCCUCAAGGUUCCUCUUUUCCUUCAGCAUCCUAUUCCAAGCCUCAUGUCCACUGGCUGUUUAUGGUGUCCACAGUGACGUAGCCCCUCCAUUGCGGUUACAGAAAAAAGCAGAGGCCUCAUCCACACCAAGCCUACUACACGGCACUCUACCCCUGUCCAUGAUCAUUACACCAACUAAUAGAGUUGGUCCAUCCUACUACUAGGCCCAAAGCAGUCUAUUUUCUAAAAUAUGCACAUCAAAACUACAGUGAGAUGUCAUGGCUUACCCACCAGGAGAAGCUAUUACCUGAAAGAAGAAAAAUAAAGAGAAAAUAGCAAAUGUCAGCAAGGAUGUCGAGAAAUCAGUGGACUUCUCCCACAUAGCUGGUGGAAGUAGGAGAUGGUACAGCCACUGUGGAAAACAGCAAGGCAGGUUUCCUUAAAACAUUAAACACAAUGCCACGUGAUGCUGCAAUUCCACUUCUAGGCAUUUACCCAAAGGAAUGGAAAGUGAGGAGUUAGACAAAUAUUUUCACACCAUAGCAUUAUUUACAACAAUAGAGGUGGAAUCAGUCUGACAGUUCGUUAAUGAAUGCAUGGAUAAAUGAAAUGUGAUGUACACCUACAAUGGAAUAUUAUUUGAUCGUAAGAAGAAAAGACUGGUACAUGCUGCAGUAUGGAUGAACGUUGAAAACAUUUUGCUAAGUGAAAUAUGCAGGCUAAAAAAGGACAAUACUGUAUGAUUCCACUUACACAAAGUACCCAGCACAGUCAAAUUCCCACACACAGAAGAGAAUAAUGGUUACCAGAAGCUGGGGUGAAAGGAGAAUGGAGAGUCACUGUAUAAUGCGUGAAGAAUUUCAGUUCGGAGUGAUGCUGUCGGUAGCCAGCACAGGAGUCGUAUAAUAAUGUGAAAGCACCAGAGGCCCCUAAACUGUGUACUUAAAAGGUUAAAAAGAGGCUGGGGGUAUAGCUCAGUGGUAGAGCUUCUGCCUAGCAUUUGCAAGGCCCUGGAUUCUAUCCCCAGUACCUCAAAAAAAAGAAAAAGAGUAAAUGUUUAUGUAUAUUUAACCUCAAUUAAAAAAAGAAUCUGAGUCCAAAAAGGCACUUUAACCACCUACCUACAAUUUCUUGUAAAGCAAUAUCAUUAAACACCUUUUUUUAAUAAACCA